GUCCCUGGAUUGAGAGAGAGAAGGGGAACGCGCGGUGGCCGAGGGAAAGUGUUCCAGUAAACCGCUAUGUCUGCCUGCGGACUUCAUGCCAGUCCGACCGACUGUAAACUAUCCUGUGCAGGUCUUGCUUCCGCUACAUUGUUCAGAGGGAUGAGCUUUUGAUGCUCACGUCACGUCACCGCUUCUACCCGUGUGUGUGUGUGUGUGAACUGCAGGCAGACGCAUAUUUGUCGUUUCCGCACGCAGCGUUUGUCAGCAAAAGCAACGUGAACUUGGUUGCAACAUCAUUGUACAGCACUACAGGCUCGCCCCACGGAUUAAACCUCAUCUGUCGGGCGGUACUGCUGGGAGAAGCCCAGAUUCAUUACAUCUGUGCCACUGAGGAUUUAUUCAUUGGAAAUGAAAGGGGGAAAAGGAUAACCUCAUGCACUGUGAAGACAUGAGAGGACCAAGGAGCACGUGAAGAUGUCCCAGAAGGCAACUAAAACAUGGUGCCUUAGGCUUCUCCCACUUCUCCUUUUCGUCAUCUCCUUGGUCGCGUACUACCUUACCUAUGCCAUACUUGAGAGCUACAGAGGCACCAGCACUACUCUGAACAGUAGCAAGUCAUUGUGUGGUGGCUGGCUAGCCCAGAAGAAGUGGGAGAGCCUUAACUUUAACAUUAGUAGAAGGACGCAUCUCUUUCUGAAACUGAAGGAUUUCUUCUGGCGGGAGCAUCUAUCAAAGCUGGCAUUACCUUAUGGCGUUAAGGGCAGUGAGCUGCUGCUAAUGAAAGUUCUUGCUGUAACUUCAAAUUAUCAGGUGCCAGCCAACAUUGAAAACCUUGAAUGCAGAACCUGCGUAGUAAUAGGCAAUGGCUUUGCCAUUAAAAACAGCUCCUUGGGAAGCAUCAUUAACAAAUAUGACGUGGUCAUUCGGUUGAAUGAUGCCCCAGUGAGAGGCUAUGAGGAGGAUGUGGGGAACAAGACCACCAUGAGGUUCUUCUACCCCGAGUCGGCCUCUUACAACCCCGGACUGCACAACGAGCCCGGCACGCUAAUGGUCCUGGUGCCUUUUAAGCUACAAGAUCUACGGUGGCUCAAAGAGAUCCUCUAUAAUGAGAAGAGGGUCAGGAAAGGCUUUUGGAAGCCCCCUCCCCAAAUCUGGUUGGGUGACGUCAGUAAAAUCCGAGUGCUGGACCCGCACUUUCUGCAACAGACUGCAGACAGACUGCUCCAGAUCCCUCUGUACCCCAAGAGUAAACAGCCAGUGCAUCCUACCACGGGCAUCCUCGCUGUGUUUGUUGCUCUCAACUACUGUGAUGUGGUCCAUAUUGCUGGUUUUGGAUACCCCACCUCAAACAGCCAAAAGCAACCUAUCCAUUACUACGGCUAUGACACAAUAAAAUCUAUGAAGAAUUCCUACCAUGACAUCAAACAUGAAGCCGAAGCCUUAAGAAGACUGGAGGAUUCAGGAGCCAUUUUGUACCUGCAUCCACAUUUAUGAUGCGCACAUUUCCAGUUCAAUUUAAUCCAGUAAAUGAUUGUACGCCAAAUCUUAUUUGAAUUUGGUCUGGAUCAUCCGAUCCAGAUCAGAUCUUAAUGUGCCUUCUGCAGUGACACACAGGAUACAAGACAUGUCGCUGGUGCAUUAAGUCAUCAUUUGGUGACAUGGAUGCUCUGAAGAAUGUGGAUCUCCCUGGCACCUUGAAUUUUGUUAAAGUGACAGACAUAAAAAGUGAUUUAACAGCUUUUUAAAAAACAGCCUAUGUUCUAUUUGUCAUGUAGUAAACUUGAACAAUGUUGCUCAGCAUUUUUCAUAAUGUUUAAAGGUGUGUAACUUUUAUGGGUUUUGAAUCAUGACUUUCAAAUUUAGUUCUGUUACUCAUGUGGCGACCGAGUUGUCUGUUUGUGAUAAUCCAGCGAACAAAUUUCAUCCGAUUUUUGAUAAUGCCAAUGUGUUGAUGUUGCUUUUAGGGCCAUCUGAUAGUGUGGGCUUACAACUGUCACACCAUAGGAAUCAAGCAUUUCAGAUCUAUAGCUCACUUUUGUUUUUGUCCAGAGAUUACAUGCAUAUCAUUGAGCUGUAAAACUAAUUGAUCAGCCUUGAUAAUUUCCUUCUGUAAACACUCAUCAAAUUUUGAGAUUCAUUUUUAUGCUUUACAAGUGUGAAUAUUAUUACUGAACUAAAAAUCUCUUUUACGUUGUAGAGGUUUGUUGGAAUCAAUGGGUAUUUUUUGUGAACUUCAGUGUAAUUUUGUGAUCAAAGGAACAUGAAUUAAUUCCAUACCUGAUCAACGCAGUUAGCUGGAUGAAUUUCACUUUACUUUUAGAUUUCUUGGACUAUAAGUACUACUUGUAUUUUAUUCAAUCUCACAUCAGUUGUUUUUUAAUUUAUUUAAUCUUUUUUGUGGUAUUGGUGCUGCUGGACAUUUUUUAUUGUACAGAAUGAAAUACAUUUUUAAUUAAGAGGAAUUUUAUUUGAUUCUCAUUUAACAUUAUGUUCACAUGCAUUAUCAAACAGGCUCAUGUAUCUACUGUAUGGAAAUCACUAUAUGACCUGAGUGAACCUGCA